AUGAAAAACAAUUUAUGGGCCAAACUUAGUUCUGGUGCAGAUGCAGACAAAAAUGAUGAGAUUGGAAAAAGAGAUUUCGACAUCGACCUUUUUCGGGAGAUGAUGAUCAUGAUUGGAUUCACAUUGUCCAUGGAUAUGGAAAACCCUGGAAACAUUUUAGGAGACAUGUUGGUGAAGCAAAUAGGUUGUGAAACUGAAUUUAAACGCAACGAGUUCUGGAUUGAAAAACAACGACACCAGUUUUAUGUCUGGUUCGACCAGGACAGAAAUGGAGUUGUCGAGAAGAAGGAUUUCGAUAAAAAUGCUAAGAAUAUUUUGGCCUUGACUAAGUGGUCCGAGGGCAGUGACAUGGCGACUCGAUGUAAUGACGUCAUGAACACAUUGUGGAAGGAAUUGAAACAUGUUGUAGAUACUAACUCGGACGAUAAGGUGACAAUUGACGAAUGGCUUGACUUUAUGGAGAAGAUUUCCAGGCAAAUCAAAUCCAAGACCAUGGAAAUACCUUCUGGGUAUAGUGGUUACCUUAAUCUAGUCUUUGAUCUGCUUGAUAGCCUUGGAUAUGGCGAUGGGAAGAUAUCGACAAAAGGAUUUGUGUCAGUUUAUCGGACAUUUAAAAUUCCAGAUGACGUCAUUGAGAAAUGCUUCAAAGAGAUGACAUACGGUGGACGUAUUGUUAUGGCUCGUGACUUUUGGCUUUUGUCGAGCAUACAAUUCUCUAUAUCAACUGAUAUGAACUCUCCCGGGAAUAUUCUCGGCAAGAUGCUGACAGAAAAGUAUGAUUAAUAGACGCUAUUUUAUAUUAUAAACAAUUGCAAUGGCAACUUGGUCAAAAACAUUUCCUCAAGAGAUGUAAAUGGCGUGUAAAAUAGAGUAAAUUAUAAUGUGUAAAUGUACAUGUUGACCACUUUCAAAGAAAAAGCGCUGAA